AAAUAAGAGUUUAGACUCUAUGCCCUGUAGGAAAACAAGGACUCCGGUCUGAAAUAAAGGCAGACAGUCACAGCGGAACUACUAUACAUUUCACAGUCGUUCCCUGGAUUGUAUCUUGAAGAUUCUAUCUGUAUAUUUUUCUGUUUAUUUUUUACUUUUUCAUUUACAUAUCAUGGCAUAUCUGGUCUAUCUGACUAUACUGACAACAGCCGUCAUCACACAGGUGUCUGCUCGCUGCCCAGCUGUGUGUGAGUGCCCCACAGAGCCCCUGAUUUGCCCCCCAGGAGUUAGCACUGUGCCAGAUGGAUGUGGGUGCUGCAAGGUGUGUGCAGGACAGCUUAACCAGGACUGUAGCCACACGAAGCCUUGCGACCACCACAAAGGGCUGGAGUGUAAUUACGGCAAUGAUGUGAGCGUGGCCUGGGGCAUCUGUAGAGCUAAAUCAGAGGGACGCACCUGUGAGUACAGUGGCAGGAUCUUCCAGAAUGGUGAGACCUUCCGUGCCGGCUGUAAGCACCAGUGUACCUGCAUCGACGGCGCUGUCGGUUGUGCUCCUCUCUGUAACAACAAGUUGCCCCCGGCCUCUGCAUCAUGCCCCUACCCGCGGCUAGUCAGGGUACCUGGGCAAUGCUGCUUCAGUGUGGACUGCAACAAGGGCACCUGGAGGCUCCCACCUAAGUACAAGGUGCCUCCACCACAACAACACCUGCCCAGACUUCAGCACCAUCCUGCCCCGCAGCAGCCUGAAAACAAGCUGGUCAACAAGCUUACAGACUUCAAGUCUGAUGGCUGGGAGAGGGAACAUGGCUACAAACACCUGCCAGUGUGGAACAAUCUGAAGGAGAAGAAGUGUCAAGUCCAGACUACUGAGUGGUCCCAGUGCUCCCGAAGCUGUGGGAUGGGCAUAUCCUCAAGAAUCACCAACAAGAACCCCCAGUGCAAGCUGGGGAGAGAGACCAGAAUCUGUACCAUUCGGCCAUGUGACGGCCUCACUGUCCCAUUCAAGAAAGGGAGGAAAUGCUCUCCAGCCCAGAAGGCCCCAGAGCCCAUCCGCCUUUCCUAUGGCGAGUGUUUGAGUGCCCGUCUUUACAGGCCAAACUACUGCGGCGUGUGUACAGAUGGACGGUGCUGCUCACCACGCCGCACACGCACUCUACCUGUGACAUUUGUCUGCCCAGAUGGUGAGCGUUUCCAGAGGUCGGCCAUGUUCAUCCAAUCGUGUAAGUGCAGCAGUGACUGUGGCCACCUAAAUGAAGUAGCACUUCCUCCGCAACACUGGAUGUAUGGAGACACACAUAAGUUCAUUGACUAGAACUUAGAUGGACUUUGUGUUCACUUUAUUAAGAUGGGGUCAACUUUCGUGAUGAAGACGCUCCAAGACAAGGAGGCAUUUUUCUCAUCUGGCUCCAAGUUAGUUAAAACCACAGGAACUCAACUGACUGGCAGACUGCAGGCAGGAAGAGCUGCCUCCGUUUUAUUGACAACCACAAAGGCAACCUUAUUGUUAUACUACUUUGUGACAGGAGUGGAUUGUACACUUGCCUGCCCCUCUUCAAACAGACAUGGGCCCUAAAUUAGAGCCCUGAAGCACCCCUUGACUUCCUCCACUGUGGACUGAUUGCUGGUUCAGGUGUGGAGGGUUUUUGUUUGACCCUCAGAUCAUCCUGAGGAGAGACACCACAAGAGCAACAAAGCACUUUGUUUAGCACUGAAACUCUGCAAGUAUAACUAUGACUGCAGUGCGCAACAAUCACCUCACCUGCAGCAGCACAUGCACAACACUUGUGGUAUGUUUGGUGGAUGACUCGACAUCCCACAGAGCACUGUGACAACACCUUGACAAGCAAAAGAACAACUUUUGGAGGCGUUAAAUCUGACCAUCCACUAAAUAAAAUGUGGACAAGAGGAUUUUUUUUAUUCCAACUUUUUAAAAUGAGCCUGUUAUGACAAGCAGUAUAAACUGAUUGUGUUUUUGGCAGGCUGACACAAGCCACUAAAAGUAAAUUAACACACAGCAAUGAAUGGCACAAUUCAGCUGGAACUCAGGCCAUUGAGUGAUAAGAGGUGUUCUCUGGAACUCUGACUGCUCAGUAAGGACUGGACCAUGGCCAAAUAAUUUCUGGUUUGUUCAUAUAAUGCAGUCAAAUUCAAAAAACUUAAACCUGUAUGAGCAAAUUUAUUUUGGAUCACAUUGUAUACUGUCUGUUAUUUGAAUCCAAGUUUCUAUUUUUCAAGUGUAUACACUCCUGUGGAUUAAGACACAUUGACUGUCAAAAGAUUUGUGUCCAUACAUGUUAUAAAACAGGCUGCUGAGCUCAUGUUUCAUGAAGUUUUAUUUUGACACAGCUUUUAGUGGUACCUUGGCAGCCAGUUCAAAGCAGACAUCUGUUUGCCAAAAAGUGGAUAUGCCCCUUAAUCAUGAAGCUAGCGCCCUCUGCUUGUGAAGAAAAUCAACUACAGUCAACAGUCACAUGUUUUUUUAUAUUGAUGAUGUUUAACUGUAAAUACAAUGCAACUUUUGAUGCACUUAAAUGUUAAUAAAUGCAAAAAUAAAUCAAGUAUAAUUCAAUAAGGUAUAAAAAGUUUAUUUCUUCAACCAAAACAACUGAUUCAUGGUUUUAACAAGGAAAGCACUAAAACAAGCAACCCGCAAAGAUGUGAUAAAAUAAAAAAUGUUUAUCAUUUUCAGCCAGUCAACAUUAAUGGAUGGGGGAGUACUUUAAUGUAAAUGUUGAAGGUUUUUUUCUUCCACUGAAAUACAGCAACACAGAGGGUCAAACACAAUCUUCCUUGGAGAGAAACUUCAGGCUCAUCUGGACU